AUGACUGGAACGCAUCUUCAGCGUGAGGUACUCAAAAACCCGUUUCUAUCAUGGCGACAGCUGUCAGCAUCGCUUGGCGGCAUUCCAACAAUGCAGCUCCGGAAAGUGGCAUACUGGGCUGGUAUUAACUGCCGUAUUGCACUUCGAAAGCCAUUUCUGACAUCCAAAAACUGGCAUAAACAUCUCGAAUGGGCCAAGGCUAAUGGCUCCACUGAUUGGAGGGGUGUGCUGUUCACAGACAAGGCAGCUGUCGAGGUUGGCUACCGGCCCAGAUGCACAAGGGUUGGGUUAGCUGCUGGAAAAACACUCGAGAAGACAUCAACAACAUGGUUCCCACGUUCCGUUCCGGUCGUUUCAACAUCCAGGUAUGGGCCGGCUGUCAGUUGA